GUCUUCUGCCCACACUGACUGGUGUUGCCUGGAAAUACUUGGGCCUCCCUACCUGCCACUCAGAAGUUGCCUUCUUUGGGGAAAGGGCAUAAAGCAGGAAAUGAAAAGCAGCAUCACAGGAAGGCAACACACAUCCCGUAUCAUUAGGUGGGAUGUUUUGCAUGCACGAGUAGCUUGUCAGAAAGUAGUCCCUGCUUCAAGGGAUGCCUCUGGACAUGGGGCAGCUAAGGCGCACUAUAAAAGCCAGCCCAUCUCCGUGCUCUCUCAUCCACUUCUCUGGCCUUCUUCUCCUUGGGAACAAGGUGCACCUCCUGCCCCCAGACAUGUCCUGCUACGACCAGUGCCGGCCAUGCCUUCCAUGCCAGCCCUGCGGCCCGACCCCGCUGGCCAGCAGCUGCAAUGAGCCCUGCGUCAGACAGUGCCAGAACUCCACCAUCGUCAUCCAGCCCUCCCCUGUGGUGGUGACCCUGCCCGGCCCCAUCCUCAGCUCCUUCCCACAGAACACUGCUGUGGGAUCCUCCACCUCUGCCGCCGUUGGCAGCAUCCUCAGCUGUGACGGAGUCCCCAUCAACUCCGGGUGCUGUGACCUCUCCUGUAUUACCAGCCGCUACUGUGGCAGCAGGUGCCGCCCCUGCUAAAGAUGCCAGACAGUGCC